GUUAGCUUAUGAUUUCAUCAGAACCUCCUUCUCAGGCAGCCCAUUGCAUUAGACGACGGGUUCGGGUUUUGAAACCUUCAAUUUUGUUCGAGGCGUCCAGAUUAUCCAUACCACCAAGCAACAACUCCGAUACACAAUUGUCACUUACACAGCAUAUCUCACGAAUAUUACCAUAAAUCGAUCGAUCUUGGUCUCCUCAUCACAAUCACAAUGGCGCCGAGGAAGCGCGCUCGGGCUAGCACCCAAACUGUUGCGACACCAACUCCUGCGCGAGAUGACGAUGCAAUGGACGUUGACACUCCCCAGACUGGUGAUAAUGAAGGUUCUAGCGAGACAAAGGAGCAACAGCCAGACAAUAACUACAAUGAUCUUUGGACGGAUGAUCAAGUGGCUUCAUUAUUCAAGGGUGUCAUUCGCUGGAAACCAGCUGGCAUGCACAAGCACUUCCGAAUGAUAGCAAUUUCGGAGCACUUGCGGAACCAUGGUUUCGACCCUGAUUUUUACCAACACACACGCAUUCCGUAUAUUUGGCAAAAGCUCCGAACAUACUACAAUCUUGAGGUCAUUGAUGAAAGAGAGAACUUCGACGAUGACGAGAGCGAAUACAACGAGUUCUCUUUGCCAAGAGCGCAAUUCUUUGAUGCCAUGAUGGCCCGAGCCGCAGCCGACCCCAGCGAAGCUCCAACAUCACCACCCCAGCUCGAACUUUCUCCGGCACCUUCACCCGCCAAGAAGCGCAAGCGAGGUGAUACGAAAACAAGAGGCACAUCGGUAGAAGAUACGGAGGAGGGUACAGAUGCCCCAUCACCAGCGCCCAAGUCCAAACGAGGCGCUUCGCGACAAAAGAAGAAAGCGACCCCGGCCAAGGCUGAGAAGCAAGAAAAGGCCGAGACCACAGAAGAGGAAGAAGAAGAGGAGGAGGAAGGGGAGAGCGAAGAAGAAGAAAGCGAGAGCUCUUCUAGUGAGGAAGAAGAGAGUGCUGAAGAGAGCGAAACACAAGUAUCAAAGUCCACACGAGGUGCCAAGAAGGGCCAAAAGGCUAAGACUACUAAAGCAAAGGCAAGACCAAAAAGGAGACGUUAACUUGAGAAUUAACUGGUAUGAUGCAAACGAUAGAUGGGGCGGUUCGGAUACCCUUAGGCAUGGGAGUCACAAUAAGUAUUUAUUCACAU